AUGCUAUCUAAUGGUAACAUAGGCAGCCCUUAUCAAUGUGUACCAAUGCUAUCUAAUGGUAACAUAGGCAGCCCUUAUCAAUGUGUACCAAUGCUAUCUAAUGGUAACAUAGGCAGCCCUUAUCAAUGUGUACCAAUGCUAUCUAAUGGUAACAUAGGCAGCCCUUAUCAAUGUGUACCAAUGCUAUCUAAUGGUAACAUAGGCAGCCCUUAUCAAUGUGUACCAAUGCUAUCUAAUGGUAACAUAGACAGCCCUUAUCAAUGUGUACCAAUGCUAUCUAAUGGUAACAUAGACAGCCCUUAUCAAUGUGUACCAAUGCUAUCUAAUGGUAACAUAGACAGCCCUUAUCAAUGUGUACCAAUGCUAUCUAAUGGUAACAUAGGCAGCCCUUAUCAAUGUGUACCAAUGCUAUCUAAUGGUAACAUAGGCAGCCCUUAUCAAUGUGUACCAAUGCUAUCUAAUGGUAACAUAGGCAGCCCUUAUCAAUGUGUACCAAUGCUAUCUAAUGGUAACAUAGGCAGCCCUUAUCAAUGUGUACCAAUGCUAUCUAAUGGUAACAUAGGCAGCCCUUAUCAAUGUGUACCAAUGCUAUCUAAUGGUAACAUAGGCAGCCCUUAUCAAUGUGUACCAAUGCUAUCUAAUGGUAACAUAGGCAGCCCUUAUCAAUGUGUACCAAUGCUAUCUAAUGGUAACAUAGGCAGCCCUUAUCAAUGUGUACCAAUGCUAUCUAAUGGUAACAUAGGCAGCCCUUAUCAAUGUGUACCAAUGCUAUCUAAUGGUAACAUAGGCAGCCCUUAUCAAUGUGUACCAAUGCUAUCUAAUGGUAACAUAGGCAGCCCUUAUCAAUGUGUACCAAUGCUAUCUAAUGGAAACAUAGGCAGCCCUUAUCAAUGUGUACCAAUGCUAUCUAAUGGAAACAUAGGCAGCCCUUAUCAAUGUGUACCAAUGCUAUCUAAUGGAAACAUAGGCAGCCCUUAUCAAUGUGUACCAAUGCUAUCUAAUGGUAACAUAGGCAGCCCUUAUCAAUGUGUACCAAUGCUAUCUAAUGGUAACAUAGGCAGCCCUUAUCAAUGUGUACCAAUGCUAUCUAAUGGUAACAUAGGCAGCCCUUAUCAAUGUGUACCAAUGCUAUCUAAUGGUAACAUAGGCAGCCCUUAUCAAUGUGUACCAAUGCUAUCUAAUGGUAACAUAGGCAGCCCUUAUCAAUGUGUACCAAUGCUAUCUAAUGGUAACAUAGGCAGCCCUUAUCAAUGUGUACCAAUGCUAUCUAAUGGUAACAUAGGCAGCCCUUAUCAAUGUGUACCAAUGCUAUCUAAUGGUAACAUAGGCAGCCCUUAUCAAUGUGUACCAAUGCUAUCUAAUGGUAACAUAGGCAGCCCUUAUCAAUGUGUACCAAUGCUAUCUAAUGGAAACAUAGGCAGCCCUUAUCAAUGUGUACCAAUGCUAUCUAAUGGAAACAUAGGCAGCCCUUAUCAAUGUGUACCAAUGCUAUCUAAUGGAAACAUAGGCAGCCCUUAUCAAUGUGUACCAAUGCUAUCUAAUGGUAACAUAGGCAGCCCUUAUCAAUGUGUACCAAUGCUAUCUAAUGGUAACAUAGGCAGCCCUUAUCAAUGUGUACCAAUGCUAUCUAAUGGUAACAUAGGCAGCCCUUAUCAAUGUGUACCAAUGCUAUCUAAUGGAAACAUAGGCAGCCCUUAUCAAUGUGUACCAAUGCUAUCUAAUGGAAACAUAGGCAGCCCUUAUCAAUGUGUACCAAUGCUAUCUAAUGGAAACAUAGGCAGCCCUUAUCAAUGUGUACCAAUGCUAUCUAAUGGAAACAUAGGCAGCCCUUAUCAAUGUGUACCAAUGCUAUCUAAUGGUAACAUAGGCAGCCCUUAUCAAUGUGUACCAAUGCUAUCUAAUGGUAACAUAGGCAGCCCUUAUCAAUGUGUACCAAUGCUAUCUAAUGGUAACAUAGGCAGCCCUUAUCAAUGUGUACCAAUGCUAUCUAAUGGAAACAUAGGCAGCCCUUAUCAAUGUGUACCAAUGCUAUCUAAUGGAAACAUAGGCAGCCCUUAUCAAUGUGUACCAAUGCUAUCUAAUGGAAACAUAGGCAGCCCUUAUCAAUGUGUACCAAUGCUAUCUAAUGGUAACAUAGGCAGCCCUUAUCAAUGUGUACCAAUGCUAUCUAAUGGUAACAUAGGCAGUCCUUAUCAAUGUGUACCAAUGCUAUCUAAUGGUAACAUAGGCAGCCCUUAUCAAUGUGUACCAAUGCUAUCUAAUGGUAACAUAGGCAGCCCUUAUCAAUGUGUACCAAUGCUAUCUAAUGGAAACAUAGGCAGCCCUUAUCAAUGUGUACCAAUGCUAUCUAAUGGUAACAUAGGCAGCCCUUAUCAAUGUGUACCAAUGCUAUCUAAUGGAAACAUAGGCAGCCCUUAUCAAUGUGUACCAAUGCUAUCUAAUGGAAACAUAGGCAGCCCUUAUCAAUGUGUACCAAUGCUAUCUAAUGGAAACAUAGGCAGCCCUUAUCAAUGUGUACCAAUGCUAUCUAAUGGAAACAUAGGCAGCCCUUAUCAAUGUGUACCAAUGCUAUCUAAUGGUAACAUAGGCAGCCCUUAUCAAUGUGUACCAAUGCUAUCUAAUGGUAACAUAGGCAGCCCUUAUCAAUGUGUACCAAUGCUAUCUAAUGGUAACAUAGGCAGCCCUUAUCAAUGUGUACCAAUGCUAUCUAAUGGUAACAUAGGCAGCCCUUAUCAAUGUGUACCAAUGCUAUCUAAUGGAAACAUAGGCAGCCCUUAUCAAUGUGUACCAAUGCUAUCUAAUGGAAACAUAGGCAGCCCUUAUCAAUGUGUACCAAUGCUAUCUAAUGGAAACAUAGGCAGUCCUGAUCAAUGUGUACCAAUGCUAUCUAAUGGUAACAUAGGCAGCCCUGAUCAAUGUGUACCAAUGCUAUCUAAUGGUAACAUAGGCAGCCCUGAUCAAUGUGUACCAAUGCUAUCUAAUGGUAACAUAGACAGCCCUUAUCAAUGUGUACCAAUGCUAUCUAAUGGUAACAUAGGCAGUCCCUUAUCAAUGUGUACCAAUGCUAUCUAA